CUUUUAGAUAUCAACAUCUGUAAGUAACGACCUACGCUUAUAUCGUAAAUACGAACAAUAUCGAAGCUUCCUGCGAUUAGAUCCAACCAUCAACUAUUUUUACUUUUUUGUUGUUGUUGUCUUUUUUGGUUUUUUUUUGGUAUGCUAAAGGGACCACAAUCCUAUUAAAUUGAUUAAUCGCGGGAUGUCACCUAUAAGGGUAUCUGAAUGGCGAAAGCUACCCCUAAGUUUAACUGACCUAUGUAUUGAAACAACCCUCCGAUGUGGACAGUCCUUUCGUUGGCGUAAAAUAGGCGAUGAAUGGAACUGUGUUCUCUAUGGCCGAUUGCUUUCGUUAAAGCAAGAUAAGAAUUAUCUUCACUACAAAGUGAACUCACCCGCAAUCAAUACACCAACCUUGACACCUCCAUUAUCUAUCGAGGACGGCCCUAAGAUUGACAGCGAGGAUGAUACUGAAGCAUUUAUUAGACAUUAUUUUAGUUUAAAGCAUGACUUGGCUUCGCUAUAUGACCAAUGGUCUGGGUCUGAUCCCAACUUCCGAAAGAAAGCGCCAAAAUUCACAGGAAUCAGAAUUUUAAGUCAAGACCCGUGGGAAGCAUUGGUAGCCUUUAUUUGCAGUAGUAACAACAAUAUUUCUCGUAUCUCACAGAUGGCUCACAAACUCUGCAAUCAUUACGGCCCAUUAAUCGGGCAUAUUGGUGACGAAGCGUUUCACGAUUUUCCAACUCCGCAAGCUCUGAGUGGGAAAAAAGUAGAGGCCCAUCUCAGAGAACUAGGAUUUGGUUACAGGGCCAAGUACAUCGCAGAGACGGCCCGUAUAGUUACCGAGGAGAGACCGAAAGGGUGGCUUGAAAGCUUGAUCAAUCCUGAGAAUCCGGGUUGGGAUAUGACGAAUGCUUCCGAACCACCUACCUAUAGACACGCCCACGAGCAGCUUCUCCUUCUCGCAGGAGUUGGGCCAAAAGUUGCAGAUUGUGUCUGUCUAAUGGGCCUUGGCUGGGGGGAGGCAGUUCCUGUGGACACACACGUAUGGCAGAUCGCACAGAGAGACUACAAGUUUGGCAAGGUCAAGACGAAGACCUUUUCCAAAGUCAUGUACGACUCUGUCGGUGAUCAUUUUCGAAAGAUCUGGGGUCAACAAGCGGGAUGGGCGCAGUCAGUCCUUUUUACUGCCAAUUUAAAAUCAUUCUCGGAGCAAGCAGCGGGCAAAACAAAGGAAGUUGACGUCAAAAUUGAAGUUGAUGAAGUCAAACAAAAUAUUUCAGCUGAGAAACCCGUGUCUCGCCCGCGAAAGAGACAACAGAUUACGGUUGCAGAAACAGUAAAAAUUGAAGAGGGUGUCUCAGCUAGAGCAUUACGAGCAAGCAAGAGAAUAAGAACCAAAGCCUGAGUUCGGCAUUUCAAUUCGAACGCCCAUCCUCGGCAUCACUCACCCUUUAUCUACAUCGCCGAAAUCAAUCCUCUAGGGAAGCACGUAGUUAUCCAGUUGCCACGAACGUAUCUAAUCUCACGCCACGGGAGAAAGAAACAGGACGGGGCCGGGAAAAGCCAUGGACGGUUCCAAUAUCCAGCCCCGAUCUUAUUAUGAAUAGACAAUACCUAACCUAUUCGAAUAAAUCAACACCAUCAGUUACUUAUCAACCAUAGCCAGCACAAUUUAAUAUCAAAAGAACCCCUAUGGAAUCAAUAAUAUAAUAUUAAUUUGAAGGCGGCCUUCCUUCAGUCAAAUCGUCGUCAUUGAAGCGCCUAUCGCGAGAAGUGUGAAAUUGAGACCAGGAGCAUUGUUGACGAUUCUCGGUGUGCUGCGGUGGUGUCGGCCAUUACGGGCUAAUAGGUCGGGAACGGCGGAAGAGGUAUGCCACGAGGCCAGCUAUCGGAUCGACUGUGGGCUCGUUGGGACCCCGACCCCUCGUUGGUCCUUGGACAAUCAUGUGUGACGAAUUCAGGCCUCGACUAGGAGUAGUUCGAUUCCUGAGUUGG